AACAGAGUACAAAAGUAAAUUGAUCUAACUUGUUUGUUUUGUAGCAAUGAGAUUUAGUAAAAACAUUAGAAAUAAAUAUUGUAUAUACUAAAGGUGAAAAACUAUUUAUAUAAUUCAUAUAAUUGUGUUGUAUUAUGAAGUAAUAGUGACAUCAUGCGACGAGGUCAUAAUGGUAUAGGCGGAUGGCGCAACGAAAAUCCGAGGCAUUAUAGACCUCGGAACGGCGGCAAUCCGCAUUUUAGAUCCUCGAGAAGUUAUGGCUUACUGGAUCCACCAAGAUUCCCGCCACCGAGCUCAAGGUCAAUGCGACCACAAUUCCUUUCUCGCUCAGAAAAAUCUGAUAGAAGUUCCUCUGAACACACAGAAUGGCACAGAUCCCGACGCAGUAGUGGAUAUCAUAGAUCACAUCAACAUGGUGAGAGACAGAUUCUACCAAUGCUACAACAAGGAAGACAUAAUAAUGAUAAUAAAAAAAGUACAUAUAAAGAAACUACAUCCUUUUAUAAAGAUAUACGGGUUGAUAAUUUUCAUAUAAAUAGUAUGGGAGAUGUGGAUCAUCGUCAAAUUCACCAAAUGAGAGAUUCUUUUGUUCAACCAUUAUCAACUCCCUGGCCAACGGAAAGUAAUUUGCAGCAAGCCAAUAUUAAAAAUCAAGUUACAGAAUCCGGUGAAAAUACAAAGCUUUCUGCAGAAUACACAGGCCAUCGUCCUCCUGCAUCUGACCACUACGGCAGCAACCCUACUCAUUUUUUUUCAGCUAUUGAUAAUUCCCACACCUUUAGUAGGUCAGUUGUUGAUACAGUUGAUUUAAUUAGAAAGAGGUUGCUGAAUCGUAAUGAGCAACCACAUUCAUCUGAAAAUUUUGACAAUAAUGAAAACAGUGGUAAUGUUGAGAUCAAUCAAAGACAAGGAGAAAAAUCAAAUACUUUAAUAAGCAACCAACAAGACCCACCAAUUAAAAAAAAAUAUCAAAGGCAGAAGACCAGUGAUAAAUCAAACUGUGCAAAAAUUAAAAAUAAAAUUGUUCAUCAACUAUUUAAGAUGGACAAAGGAAAAAUUCAUAAACUUAUGGACAAUCCUAAUUCCUCAACAAAAUUUGAAUAUGCCAUCAGCAGUCUCAUAACCGAGUCUCAGAAUAGUUUCAACAGGCACAUGAGAUCUGCUGCAGAAAAAUCCCUCUGUAGUUCAAGUGCCGAAUUUAUGCAAAAUGAUAAUAAUACAAUAUAUGAAGACACAUUUAUGAAACAAAUGCAGUGUAUUCUAGAUCCUCAAGAUACUGUACUACUUGAAGAUAUUAAGCCUCUUGUUUUGGCUGAGCUAAGUAAAGUGCUAGAGAUAGCUGAAUAUGGACAAAACUAUGAUGUUGUUGAAGAUGAUAAUACUUAUACUCAACAAAAUGAACAGCAUUUCUUUAACAAAUAUCCUAAUAAUGAAGUUUCUUAUGAGGACUUUGCUCAGGAAGACAUUGACAACUGUAAUGACAAUAAUUACAAAGCUUAUGGAGAUAAUAAAGUUCAAUAUACAGAAUCUAAACCACUUUUUGAGAGACGCCCAAGAAGGAAAAGUUACAAUGUAAAUGAGGAAAUGUGUACAACCUCAGAUAAUUAUUUUUAUAAUCAAUCUGUAUCUGAUAAAUCAACUGAUGAGGAAAACAGGCCUGAUGCAAUGCAACAACUUUUUGAUACAAGCACUGAACAUAUUUCUGAAGAAGAUGAUCCAUUUGCUGAAUUAGAUAAACAAUAUCAUGUUGCUGUGGAUCCUGAUUUUAUAGAACAAGAUGAUAUGUCAAAUCCUACAAAUGUCAGAAACUCAUACAAUGCAAAUUUAAUCACAAUUAAAACAGAAAUUGAAUCUAAAACACCAGAGAAAAAUUUAGAUUCCUUAACAGAAGGUGUAAGCAAUCAAUUGCAAGAUAUGUUUAACUUCACACAAACAUUAAAUAAAACUUGUGAGUCUCAAGAGUUAAGAGCAAGUGACAAUUUUCAAUCUAAACAAGAAAAUUCCAAUAAUAAUAUUUGUGUGCAUGAAAAAAACAUACAUCUAGUUAGCUGUGCUAAUGAAAGUAAUUAUGAAAAACAUAAACACGAAUCAAAAGAAAUGACUAAAGAAAAUGAAAACAUCGACCAUCCUACCCCUGUUUUAAAAUCUGCAAUGUCCUCUAAUUCCCGCAAAAGGUCAAUAGACCAGAGACCAUCGCACCGUAAAGAAAAACGAAAGAAAGUUGAAUCAUGUCAAUCGGAAUCAAAUAAGCAAAUUUUGAACAAAAAUAUUAUAAUAAAUGUUAAUGAUUGUGCUUCAAAGACGUCAGAUAAUUGUGAAACUCCAAAGUCAAUAUUUAAUUUAUUUUUUUCUAAAGAAGAAAAUAAAACUACAAUGAAAGAAAACAAAAAAGUCGGGCCAAAUGAUAAAAACUACACAGAAAAACAUGUUAAAAGAAAAGAAACACCAAAAAAAAAUGAAAAAGAUGUCAAAGUCCGAAAGGACUCAACAUCAAGUCAAGUAAUAAGCCCAAAUGAAAACAACUUGAGUAAUAACAGUCAGGCUCUAAAUAAAGCAGAGGCAAAAGCCACACUAAAGACCAUAGAUAUGUUUACUGAGCAGCCACGUAAAGUUAAUGUUCAUCACGCUCAUAGAAAUACUGCUCAUACUCCAGUUGUGCCUAAACUUAACAUUGAAAAUGGUGCUAAAACAAAGGGACCAAUUUCCCGCCAACUAAUUAAGAGGCAUGUUGCUGUACAAGUAAUUAAGAAGCUACAUGCAAAAGAAACUCAAACAGAUAUCAAAAAGUUUGCUGUUAAAGCAAUACAAACCGAUUUCAUACUUCCUGAGAGAUCCGGAAUUAAAGCAACUGAUGCAUUUGAAAGAAUGAAAGAAAUUGAUUUAGAGAUACAAGUUUUGUUACAAGAAAAAUUUAAACUAUAUAAUUCAAUUGAAACCAAGGAUUCUAGUACAAAGUCCUUGCAAACAUUGGGCAUGACAGUAUUAAACGUAGACCACUUUGAUGGUGAAGAAAUUUGUACAACAGAUGAAGUUUUAACUGAAGAUUCAAUAGUUGAAGACUUUACAAAUAUACCUGUUGAAGAACUUGAACAAAUAGCACUGGAUACUGUGGAAGAAGAUCAAAUUGAUACUCCAAAAGUUGAAAAAAGAAAUAGACGCCGUAAAACAUCUUACCAAGAUUCUAUCCAGUCGGAGAGUCCAACAACAGUUGGUAAAAGAAGAAAUAAAAAGGCUAAAUCACCGAACAUAUCUCUGAUAGAACAAAUUAUUACAGAUGAAAGGCCCCUGGAAGACAUCAUAUCUUUAGAAGAUCUAGAAGUUCCGCAAACAGCAAGAAGUAAGACACAUAAAACAAGGCAAACAGCCAAGUCCAAAAAGUUUGGAAGGCCUAAAAACGUAAAGUCUAACUUACCUAGAAUUGAAAUGAAAGAAUGUUCCGUAGUUUUAGUACGGGCUGAUGUCAGUCAGUACCUUAAACCACCACAACAUCCAGAACCUGAAAUUUCAUACGAGAUUAUCACUGAAGAUUUAUUUAAUGAGAUGGAUCAAAGGGAAAUAGUUCACCUUGAAGGUAAUAUUGUUGAAGAAUCAGUUGUAAAUCAUAUACAGAUUGAUAUGUUAGAUGUAUCUGAAGACAUAGUUGUUGGUGAUAAUUGUGAAGUAAAAUGUAUGGAUGAUAAAGAAAUAGUUGAAAAUGUAUCAGUGCCAAUCUGUGAAGAAAUCAUAUUAGAUAAUAGUCAGUCAUCAAUGGAGGAUGUCACAACACCUGCCAUGUGUCAAGGAGGGGAAUGCAAAAUGUAUGAUUAUUCAGCUGAUGAGAAUCUACGUCGUGACUCUGUUAUCGUAACGGGCAACGGCGAUGCUGUUCUUGCAAUUGAGUGUGUUGAAAACAAUUUCCUAGCUGCAAGUCUGGAUGGUAAUGUUUACUAUUUCAACCAUGAGGGACAACUUAUAACGACUUUGCGAGGCUCGAACCUUGCAGUGACGUGUCUGACCAUUGUUAAGGAGAAAUAUGGAACCACCGUAUAUACAGGUUCCUUGGAUUCCAGAAUACGUUACUACGACCUUGAGACUGGUCUAGAAAAGGGGCCCGAGUGCAAUGUCUUAAGCCCAAUUCAAACAAUAGAUCGGGCGUGGGACACAGUGUUUGUUGGUACAAGAACUGGUUUUGUGCUGCAGUUUGAGUGCAAAAACAAUAUGCUUAUACCAGUGAGCUCGGUAAAGUUCUCAGACCAAUCCAUAUUGGCCUUACGAGCGAUGAAGGAAGGUCCGCGUAAGGUUCUUUUGGUAGCGGCAAGAUCUGAAAAUGUAACAAUAAAGGAUGCACAAACUGGCCUGCUGCUGAGAACGCUGGAUGGUCCCAAAAUGACCGUCUACAGCUUGCUUUACGAGGAUGGGAAAGUUUAUUGUGGGACCAGUAGUCAUCAGAUACAUGUUUUUGAUUAUACGAGUGGCGGCCAUGUCGGUACUCACGAAGGCGGAAAGGGUGCUGUGUGCUUACGAGCCACUGGCGGCCUCCUGUUCGCGGGCUGCUACGACGGCUGCGUGUACGUGUACCGCGAAGGGGAAGGACAACCCUUCGCUCAGAUACGAGGACCCAGCUUAAUGCUUCUGUCACUCGCUGUAGUUGGCAGUAAAAUAAUUGCCGGCUACAAAGACAGAAGUUUGUACAUAUGGAAAAUACCACUUUGUAUAUUACAAGAAAUGAUACUUUAAUUUUCUACCAAUUUGUGUAGAUAACGCACCAUUUUGUUUUGUAGUUACAUAUAUUCAUAAUUUUUUUAGCUAUAACAGUGUAUAUACUUAAAAUAAAAGAGUUUAAAUGGGUUAUUAA